AGCGUACCGAAGCACUGCAGCUGAUGCAUGCACGCGAACAGCUGACGUCAUAUGUUGGGCGUGGCCAACGGGACUGAUCAGGAAACGAGCGCAGAGUCACACAUCCUCCAGGACCGCGAGAGGGGAUACCGAGAGGCAUAAACUACGCUACUGGGAGCCGUCUGUGCAGUACUAACGAUGUCUGACGGAGAAGGGUUUGUGGUGCGCGUGCGUGGCCUACCGUGGUCCUGCUCGGUGGACGAAGUUCAGAGGUUUUUCUCAGACUGCAAAAUCGCUAACGGCUCCUCGGGGAUCCACUUCACGUACACGCGGGAGGGCCGCCCGAGCGGCGAGGCCUUCGUCGAGCUGGAGUCGGACGACGACCUGAAGAUCGCCGUCAAGAAGGACAGAGAAACCAUGGGACACAGAUAUGUGGAAGUGUUCAAAUCCAACAGCGUGGAGAUGGACUGGGUCCUGAAGCACACGGGUCCGAACUGCCCCGAGACGGGGGGGGACGGCCUGGUCCGAAUGCGCGGCCUGCCCUUCGGCUGCAGCAAGGAGGAGAUCGUCCAGUUCUUCUCCGGGUUGGAAAUCGUGCCAAAUGGGAUUACAUUGCCGGUGGACUUCCAGGGGAGGAGUUCGGGGGAGGCCUUCGUGCAGUUUGCGUCUCAGGAUAUAGCCGAAAAGGCUCUAAAGAAACACAAGGAAAGGAUAGGGCACAGGUACAUCGAGAUCUUCCAGAGCAGCCGGGCGGAGGUGCGCACGCACUACGAGCCCCAGCGGAAGCCCGUGGGCAUGCAGCGGCCUGGCCCGUACGACCGGCCCAGCGGGGGGCGGGGCUACAGCGCCGUGCCGCGCGGCGGCUCGUACGACAGGAUGCGCCGCGGGGGCUACGAUGGGCGCUAUGGCGACGGGAGCUCCUCCUUCCAGAGCAUCACGGGCCACUGUGUGCACAUGAGGGGGCUUCCUUACCGCGCGACCGAGACGGACAUCUACAACUUCUUCUCCCCGCUGAACCCCGUGCGCGUGCACAUCGAGGUCGGGCCGGACGGGCGGGUCACCGGCGAGGCCGACGUGGAGUUCGCCACCCACGAGGACGCCGUGGCGGCCAUGUCUAAGGACAAGGCCAACAUGCAGCAUCGUUAUGUGGAGCUGUUCCUGAACUCAACAGCAGGGGGCAGUAACGGGGCCUACGGGAGCCAGAUGAUCGGGGCCAUGGCCAACCAAUCAGCGUACGGGCCCAGCAGCCAACAGGCAAGCGGCAUGGGGGGGUACAGCGACUACAGUAAUCAGAGUGGAAUGAGCAGCAGUUACUAUGGCAGCGGUGGGCGUGGCUCCAUGGGCAUGAAUGGCCUGGGUAUGGGGGAGGGGUGGGGCAUGUAGGACUGGGGUACUUUUGAGUGGUGGGGGGCAAGGGGGUGGGAAGGUUCUUGGACCAAGGAU